AUGGUUUUGUCAAAGAAAUAUUAUUCUUUGUUCACAAGAGAAGAAAAUGGUAAUCAAGCAAUAAUACUUGCCUAUGUGGAUAAUCUACUAAUUACUGGAUAUGAUGUAAAAGCCAUAAAGCAUUUGGAGCUGAGCUUGGAUAAUGAAUUUACCAUCAAAGACCUUAGCGAAUUGAGCUUCUUUCUUGGAACUGAGAUUGACAUAAAUGGCGAUGGUACAUUGUUGAACCAGAGGAAGUAUAUUGUUGACAUCCUCAAAGACAACGGGAUAGAUAACUGCAAAAUAACAAGGUUACCUUUUCUUGAAGGAAUGAAAUUAUCCACUGUUAGUGGAGAAGUUUUGGAAAAUCCUGAGACAUACAGAAGAAUCAUUGGAAGAUUACUUUACUUGAAUAUUACCAGGCCUUACAUUUCAUUUUCAGUGCAGCAAUUGUCUCGGUUCAUGCAAUGUCCAAGAAAACCCCACCUUCAGGAAACUCUACAUGCCAUCAAGUACCUUAAGGGUACUAUCCAUUGGGGUUUAUUCUAUCCUAAAACUUCAGAGCUAAAGGUUGAAGGGUAUUCAAAUGAAGAUUGGGGAAGCUGUGCAUUCAGUGCAAAAUUUCUCACUGGAUUUUGCAUCUUUAUAGGAAGAUCCAUAGUCUCUUGGAAAACCAAGAAGCAAAAGACGGUGUCAAAGUCUUCUAUAGAAGCAGAAUAUAGAAGCAUGUCUCAUACCACAAGUGAAAUAGUGUGGGUAUAUGAUAUCUUGAAAACUGUGAAUGGAUUAUAUAGAGCAGGGGUUCCUAGAUACUACUCAUGUUUAGUCAAGCUUGCAACUAGCAGACAUCAUGACAAAGUCUCUCACUCAACACCCGCACAACUUUCUCUCUUUCAAGUUGGGUCUAGUGACAGAUCCCCAACUCCAACUUGGUUGUUUACCUAUGUUAGAAUCUUCUUAGGGAUUGCAGUCCAGGAAUGA